GCUCUCUAACUCUCCAUGGGCCGCAGACACAUGAUGCAUGUGUGGAACGAAGGACGAGAUCUAUCCUUUACUCCAGAUGGUUACCAGGCCAACCCCAGAUUGGUUGUCAUUGUGUUGAACAGUGAAAGAAAUUGGGAGAAGAUGGGCCGCUGGGAGAACGGGACGCUGUCGCUCAUGUUCCCAGUGUGGCCGAGGUAUAACGCCCAUGGGGAUGAAGAUGCUGAUGAGAACCACCUCUCCAUAGUUACUCUGGAGGAGAAGCCUUUUGUCGUUGUGGAUAAUGUAGACAUCCUCACCGGCACCUGCAACAGGAACUCUGUGCCCUGUCGUAAACAUGUCAAGCUAAACAGCACAUCAGGAGGUGCCUAUAUCAAACAGUGCUGCAAAGGUUUCUGCAUCGACAUUCUGAAGAAGAUUGCCAGGAACGUCAAGUUUACCUACGAUCUUUAUCUGGUUACCAACGGAAAACAUGGAAAGAAGAUCAACAAUGUGUGGAAUGGCAUGGUUGGAGAGGUGGUGUAUAAGAAGGCCAUCAUGGCUGUGGGAUCACUGACCAUCAACGAGGAAAGAUCAGAGGUCAUCGACUUCUCCGUGCCCUUUGUAGAGACUGGCAUCAGCGUCAUGGUGUCACGCAGCAAUGGGACCGUCUCACCCUCUGCCUUUCUUGAGCCCUUCAGUGCAUCAGUUUGGGUGAUGAUGUUUGUGAUGCUGCUGAUUGUCACAGCCAUUGCCGUCUUCCUCUUUGAAUUUGUCAGUCCACUGGGCUUCAACCGCAACCUGGCCCAAGGCAAAGACCCACAUGGUCCAUCAUUCACCAUUGGAAAGGCCAUAUGGCUGCUGUGGGGUCUGGUUUUCAACAACUCUGUGCCUGUGCAGAACCCCAAAGGCACCACAAGUAAAUUCAUUGUGUCAGUGUGGGCCUUCUUUGCUGUCAUCUUCCUGGCCUCGUACACUGCCAACCUGGCUGCCUUUAUGAUCCAGGAAGAAUUUGUGGACCAAGUCACUGGACUGUCUGACAAAAAGUUCCAGAAGCCGCACUCCUACUCCCCGCCAUUUCGCUUUGGGACGGUUCCCAACGGAAGCACCGAGCGCAACAUUCGGAAGAACUACCCAGAUAUGCACCAGUACAUGACUAAGUACCACCAGACUGGUGUUGUGGAUGCAUUGGUCAGCCUCAAGACAGGAAAGCUGGACGCCUUCAUUUACGAUGCUGCAGUCUUGAACUACAUGGCAGGCAGAGACGACGGCUGUAAACUGGUCACCAUCGGCAGCGGAUACAUCUUUGCCACCACAGGUUAUGGGAUCGCACUUCAGAAGGGAUCGUAUUGGAAACGUUUAGUCGAUCUGGCUAUACUUAGCAUCAUAGGAGACGGUGAGAUGGAGGAGCUGGAGGCGCAGUGGCUGACCGGGAUCUGCCAUAAUGAAAAGAAUGAGGUGAUGUCCAGUCAGCUGGAUGUGGACAACAUGGCAGGAGUCUUCUACAUGCUGGCUACAGCCAUGGGCCUCUCCAUCCUCACCUUCAUCUCAGAGCAUCUUUUCUACUGGAGGCUGAGAUACUGCUUCACCGGUGUCUGCUCUGGCAGGCCGGGUAUGCUCUUCACUAUCAGCAGGGGUAUAUGGAGCUGUAUCCACGGCGUUCACAUCGACAUGAAGAAGAAGGCGCCUGAGCUGGACUUCAGUCCUCAAGCCAACAUGCUGCACUUGCUCAAAUCUGCCAAGUCCAUCGCAAUGUCAUCACCCAAACGCAACACUGUCCUCCUACAACCCAGCAUCCUAGACAUGAUGUCAGGCAAAGGUAACUCACUCCACAGUCUGCCUCAGAAGGGUCCUGGUCUCUAUAGCAACGCUGCGGGUCCACAGGCUUUCCUGUCAUUGUCCGGGCGACAUAAAAACCAUCUUAACAAUGCUGCACCAUUUCCCGGGCAACAAAAAGCCCCGACUCUCCAGACCAGCCCCAACAAGCCCCAGCUGUCAAUCACCGAUGAUAACGACAAGAACCGCCUGGCCGGGCCUGCUAUCACUGCAUCAAAGCCACGGGCCUUAUGGAAGAAAAGCGUGGAGACGCUGAAGACUCAACCGAGUGUGGUGUCUCCUGGAGGCCCAAGCCCCACCUCAGCCUCAGGGACUGGGCCUCCACAGAUGAAGAGCCAGCGCUACCUGCCGGAAGAGCCGCAACACUCAGACAUGUCAGAGUGUUCUAGUCGACCUCCAUCGCACAAAGAUUCUGACUCUAUGGCUGCGAGGGGCGGAUUUAAACCAAUCAAUCAGCUGAGGAAGCGGGGCGGCGGUGGAGGUGGAGGUGAAGGAGGAGGAGGCGGUCGAGGAUCUAAGAUCUAUUCCAUUGACUCUGACCAGGCCAGCCUCCAAUCUGCUCCUCCCUACCAGAGAGACAGCCAGGGGGGAGGUGAUGACCACAGUUACCCCCCUGACCUCUUUCCACCUGACAGCACUUACUCACACUCACACCAGUCAGACGCACCAAUUAUGCAGCUGAGCGCCAGCCUCCUGCACCACAGUCACAGUGCCGAGGCUGACCUGCACUCCCUUAAGGACAAGAAAUACAGCACCUACACACACAGCAAUGUAAAGGACAAAUCUGCAGGAUCAUUUGAAGCUCCUGGUUCUGGCUCGGCCAUCCAAGGCGCCAGGCCUGGUCACUGUCGUACCUGCCUGACCAAGCUCAGCGGUUACUCUGGCCUCUACACUGUUCGAUCUCCUCAAGCGCGCUGUGACGCCUGUACCCACCUGGGGAAUCUGUAUGACAUCAGUGAAGACCACCUGCACUCACAUUACGCCCACACUCACCCACACAGUGGUGACAUGUUUACUCACUACCUUCCACAGAGCGAGCUUGGCCUAGUGGGCGAGGGCGACGGGCUUGUAAGCCACUUUGAGCCCACCCCAUCUUCGCCGUCUCCUCUGCCCGCUUCCCCAUCAGCCCAACACCUCCAGCUGAGUCGGCAGCACUCCUACGAGAAUGUGCUUCCAGACGGCAUUCCGGAGCGUCAGUCACAGCCUCACCCCCACAUGAGAGGACUCAGCCUUCCUGACAGGGACCGGGACAGGGAGCUGACCCUGGAUGAUGGGGCUUAUGCCAACGUCCUCACAAUGCGCUCUGACCGCCCAUACAGCAGCCGCAGCCCGCCCUCUCCGUCCCCAUCCCACCACCACAGCCUGGACAUCCCGAUGCCUAUGCCGCGGCGCUCAAAGAGCCUUCUGCCGGAUCGCCCAUCACACAAUCCCUUCCUGCAUUCAGCCCCGGGCACAGCACAACGAGACAACACCUCCCAGGCUGCCGCCCGCAUGCCGCAGAAAACUUCCUCCCACGAGCUCUACAAGCAGAGGAUGCAGCUGUCCCUCACCCUCGGCAACCACGGCAGCCAUCAUGUCAACCAGCAUGGUGGUCAUGUUGACCAACAGGUGUUUUACCCUCUGCAGGACCCUCCUGUGGUGGCCUAUAUGGUUCCACCCGCUGCCUCACAGCCAAUGAGCUAUGUGACAGCACCGCGAGCCUCGAGUGCAGGCGGCAAUCGGCCUCGGCUGUACCGCCGCAUGCCCAGCAUCGAGUCUGAUGUCUGAGAGUCACAAAUAACACAGCUUUACUCUCACCAAACACACAAGCAUGCAAGGAGAAGGUGUGCGUGACUGGACCUGGCAGCUCUGGUUCUAAGCACAUAUGAAGAUACACACACACGCAGACACACUCAUGGGUGAAAAACUGAGCUCAGCAGCGGACCAAAGGGAUUAACAGUGAAACAGAGUAAAUACAUUUCUUUAUGAAAAGCCUCUGUAGGGCAGUAAAGGGGCCACAGGGACACCUGGAGGCAAAGUUGCAAAACGAGUAGUGUGUGUGUGUCGGUGUGCGCACUAGCCGGAAGCUGUGGGCAGCAGGGUACAAACUGACAAUACUUCUAACUAGACAGAUGGAACUCCUUGUGGAAUAAGCAGGACACUGUUUGCAGAAUCUAACACCAACAGUGGGAUCUGACAAAAAAACAAGAAAAUGUUAGGAAGACGAGCAAACCCAUCCCAUCCUUUCUGAGUUAAAGGGUCACAGACAAUCCCCUUUUACCUGAGAUUGCACACAGACGUACACAUGCAUACACAUUUCACCCCAACAGUACCCAUCCACCCACCCCUUCCUCUCCAGGACUCUCCUGUUGCACUAUAAUUUCUCCUCCUGUUAACACGUUUGUUGUCUGAGCCUCUAAACUGCACUGCCAGCAUGGCUUACAGAGUAGUUCACUACCAAGUAAUCCUUGACUUGAAUCAAAAUUACUAUCUAUGUAAAAGACUGGAAGGCAGGCGGGAAGGUGUUCGGGAAACCAGUGUUAGAGUGACGCUCCUGCCUGCAGAUGUGCAAACACUCGAACACACACACACAAACUAAAAACAGAUUCUGCUUCUGUUUUUUACGGGAAAGCUCAAACUUACCGACUGUUUGUUAUUGUUGAUGUCAGUUAAUUGAACAUUCCAAAAGGUGGACCAAACUUGGCCACCAAAAGAAAAAAAAGAACCUCUCAGGAUGUUGGUGUGUGUUCCUGAGUUUCUAAAUCUAACAGACAAAGUGCAGCAUCCUUGCUUCCUCUCUUAGCUAGCCUUCAGGUCUUACUGCAUGCUUCCUACUGCCCUGUGUUACACUUAAACUCCUUAUACAGGGUCAUAUAUGCACAGGCACUCACACCCGCACAAACACAAGGUACAUGCACAUUAUGACAUAUACGCACAUGUGCAGAUUCGCAGUAGUCUAGUAGAAUAAGGUGGUUGUGUGCGUGUGUGAGUGUGUGUGUGUGAAGCUAUGAGAUAGCUUCUCUUUGUGCACUUUGUAGAUUUUAUAUCUCUGCCACCCACACAGACGUUUGACCAAAAAACACUUUUGUACGGAAUAAUAUGAAUAUUCUCAGUCACUUGCUGGAUAGAGGUUUUUCUUUUUCCUCAUUUCUUUUUAGCAGGUUUUAGGGUACGGUGUAGGGCAGAGCUCUUCCUGAAUCAAACGUUUUUAGCAUUAGACAAAGGGUUACAGUAUCAUGCAUACAACACACACAGCACAAACACUUUUCUCUUCCUUUGUCUACUUUAAUGGAGCUCAUCCCUCCUUUGAGUCUUUUUCCGCUUACCUAAUCGGAUGGUUUCUGUUUAUUCUCUCUAUUGCUUAUUGCUCUUCCCCUGCUCCCUGCCGUAGAGUAGAUAAAGUAUCAAAAGAGUAAAGUUCAGUCUUGGUGUUAAAAAAAAAUAAAUUUUUGAUGGAGAUCACUUAAUAUCAGUAGUUGUGAGAGAUCAUCAGAGUCCGCACUAUUUCUCAUAGGAUGCAGUGUCCUUUUCUGAUUCCUUCCUAUGUAAAACAUAAGGACUUGCAGACUUUUUAAUGUAUUCGUAGUGAACGUUUAGGCAGAGUGCAUCUUCAGGUGCAGGUUUUCAUCAUCAAAAUUAUCUUUAGAGUAGCUGGUAGAGUAUGGUACUGGAGUACUCCUAACCUGGAGUAACGCUGUCCUGCCUUUCAUCCCAGAGAGGUACUCGAAGAGACUUGUUUCAGAAACAGCACACAUACACACAAGCACACACUCGACAGGCCGGCAAUGUGCAUAUGAGUGUUUUAGAAAUCCAUAACCUACCAAGCAAGGGCAUUGAUUUUUCAGCACAAGGAUUUUGAUAGAAACAAGAAUUGAUGUCCUAUUAGCCGAGUGUCUGUCUCUAUUCUCUUUUUUGUUCUUCUACUCUCUCUCUCUCUCUCUCUCUCCCACGAACAGCCACACUCACUUCUAAACAAAACAUAUGUGACAAAUGCGACAGAACGCAGGACAGGUUAAUAAAAAAGGAGAAAGGAAAAUGCACCUUUGAAAGGUGAGUGCUGCCCCUAUUUUGGUAAUCUUAAUAGGUUUGUUUUGUGAGUUAUAUACACAAUAUCAGGUUGCAAUAUUAUACUUCUGUACAGAGAUUUUUUUUUGGUUUGUUUUAACUGUUUGCAAAUUCUUUCAUUUGUUUGAUUUAAAUGGUAUUAAAUAUUGAACUCAUUUGAAAUGCAACAUGACUUUUUAAAUUCUGCUUUGAAAAAUGAAAGGCAUGUUUUACAUUCUUCUGUCAUUUUAUUCUCCUACUCCUUCCUCUAAAGUGCUACAAGUUGGGACCUGACUGUACAGUCAUCACAAAUGGUUUAGCACAGUAGUUAACUAUGUGGGUCAGCUGACCAGUUUUCCAACUUACCCAGCUGAACUGUAUUCGAUGACUGCCCAGCUUGCGUGGUUCAAACAUCCCCAUUCCACCCACUGUGUUCUCUUCCACCACGUGUCUGUUCUUUUCCACCUCUGAGUGUGAGAGUAUGCGUGCGUGUGCGUGAGUGUGUGCUUCACUUUGUGAAGCCAUUUGUAUAAAAGAGAGGAUGUGUGUAUUAGAGGUUACUUGGGUGUAUGUGUCUGUGUUUUUGACAUAUUCUUUCUUUCAUCCUACACACAACAUUUGACCUGGCUUUUAUUAUUCAUGCAACACAAAUACAUAAACACACACGCACGCACACACACACACACACGCACACGCAGCCACACACACACACACACACGCACACACACACACACACGUCUCUAUUGUCAUGUUAAGAAAGCAUGUAGAAUAAGUUUUGUACAUCCAACACCAGAGACUUUUCUUUUUUUUUUCCAACCCUUUAAUUUUGAUUAUUUUGGGGUUUUGUUUUUGUUGCUGCAUGAUGUGUUUGUGUUUUCAGUGGUACCUAUUUUGCUGCAACAUCUGAUUUCUCCCUGGGUUUGGACUCUCGGGGCUACAUGCAACAACACACACACCUUCCACCCUGACUGACAUACUGUACCUUUCAGUUUCCGAGUUCCACACCUUGUAUUUUCUGCUUUGAUUGUGAGCAGCACAGCACCUGGGCGAGGAAUUCUUUGUAUGGAUUUCAGAACUAACUGAGAUCUUAGUUUCAAACUCAUUCUUCCUGCUCUGGGUGAAAGGAGUGUGUUGGUGUGUAGUCCUGUGAGUCUCUGCAGUGUAUCAAACCUGUGUAUAAGUUCAGGGGUUUCAAAGCUACUAGUUGUGUUGUAAAUACUACCUUAUCACUCAGUACCUCUGUACAAUCUGUAAAUAAGUAAAGGUUACAUUUUUCUA